AUCAAAGUACAUUUUAAUGGAAUGCCAAAUACAAUUUAAAUAAAAAAAUAUUAUGUAUUCAGAUGUUUUCUUAUUUAUUUAUUUUUAUAAAUAAAUGGUUUAGCAAAAUCACUCGACUUAAACAAUUAGUGGGCCCCCAUUGGCCAAACAGUGGUCAGGGUUCAGUACCAAAGUCCACCCUUGCAGUGAAGCGGCAGCAACACGUCUGUCCAGCCCCUGUGAGCAUGGAGCUAGAGCCCUCUCCCCCAGGCUUGGAAGCUGAGUAUCGGGCCAUCUUCACCUCUGACUCCCUGGUCUUCCUCCAGGAGCUUGUCUCAACAUUUGAUGGAGAGGUAGACAAGAUCCUGAGGCUGAGAAUCUCCAGGAAGACCCAGCUGGACCUGUCAGGUGACCUGCCAGGGUUUUGCAUUGACACAGCCUCCGUGAGGAACGACCCCACCUGGAGAGUCCGUCCAGUCCCUCAGAGGCUGCAGAGAAGACAUGUGGAUGUGGGAGACCUGGCCCCCUGCGACACCGAGAGAUUCCUCCAGGCUCUUAACUCUCCUGCACAGGGCCUACAGGUUGAUUUUGAUGAUGGAAACUGUCCAACAUACCCCAACCAGAUAAAAGGCAUUCAUAAUGUCUACAGGGCGGUGCAUAAUCAGUUCCCCAACGCCCCCCAGAUAUCCCAGGCUCCUGUUCUAAUGCUCCGCCCCAGAGCCUGGAACAUGGUAGAACACAACAUGAUGGUCCAGGGUAAAGAGACGCCAGGGCCACUGUUUGAUUUCGGUCUCCUGAUGUUCCACUGUGCCAAGGUCCUGUUCCACAGUCAGAGUGGACCUUUUUUCUACCUCUCCAAAGUUGAGAGCUACUUGGAGGCGAGACUCUGGAACAACAUAUUCCUCUGGACUGAACAGAAGCUGGGCCUUCCUGUGGGAAGCAUUAAAGCCACUGUGCUAAUAGAGAACGUGUUGUCAGCAUUUGAGAUGGAGGAGAUUCUGUAUGAGCUCAGGGACCACUCAGCUGGGCUCAACUGUGGCAUCUGGGAUUACUCAGCCUCCUUUGUCAACAAGUUGGGUCACCGCGAGGCCUUCCUGCUCCCCGACCGCAGUAAGUAUGUCAACAUGCAGAAGCUGUUCCUACGGAGCUACAUGGACCUCCUGGUUCAGACAUGUCACCGCAGAGGGGCGCUGGCGACUGGCGGUAUGGCGGCCCUGCUGUUGCCUGGAGACAGGGACAGUGCCCCCUAUAGGGAAGCCCUUGCCAGCGUCACCAGACUGAAGUUACUGGAGAUUAAAGCUGGGGUGGAUGGCUUCAUGGUGUAUGACCUUGGCUUGAUAGAACCCAUGCAGAAUCUCUUCCAGCUGCAUACUCGCCAUGACAACCAGAUGCACCAGCUGAGAGACGAUCUCACGGUUUCCCCUGGCGACCUGCUCUCUAUGCCAGUGGGUGGAGUGACCUUGGACGGCUUGAAGUACAACAUCGCUGUAGGAAUCCAGUUCAUAGACGCUUGGCUCACAGGUAAGGGACACUUCUUCUACAGGGGACAAGUGGAGGACUCGGCCACCGCAGAGAUCUCCAGAUCCCAGGUGUGGCAGUGGAUCCGCCAUCGGACAGAGCUGGAGGACGACGGGAGGGCGGUGACCCGGCGUCUGGUGACGGAGUUGACCCGGGACGUCACGCGGGAGCUGAGGGAGGCCCUGCGAUGUCGCACGGUCAGGGAAGAACAACGGCUGACAACGGCCACCACCAUGUUCCUGGAGGUGGUCAGUAAGAGGGAUUUCCCGGAGUUCAUCACCACCUACCUCAACCAGGACCACACGUUCCUCAGUUCACAAGACAGUGGUCACGAGGGGGGAUCAACAGGGAAAAUGCCCAGGCCAAAACUCUGAAGGUCCUGUCCAAACUUGUGUGGUAUUUAGCAUUGUACACGCUGGUGGCCUGGGUUGGGCGUUCCACGAAAAUACUUUCUUAUUGUAAUUCUGAAAAUACAACAUAAUCAGGAAAAAGGCCAACAGGAAAUUGUUUUUUUUAUUCAACUUUAGUUUUAUUGAUAACUCCCUGGUGUGUUAGGAGUGGUCUGUGAGAAGAAUUCAGUAUGAUUGACAAACGCCUUUUUCAAAAUAAAAAAACAAGAGGGUUUGGUGA